GCUGGGGAGGGCUGUGAGUUGGCACAUACCCUCGGCUCAGCCCCUACUGUCCCUCGUCGAGCUACGUAGAGGCAGCAUCAUGAAGACAACAAAUAUCGAAUUCGACGAGGGCCAACUCAGCAUCCUCGAUGGCUUUACCAACGCCUUCCGCCUGAGCAAGGAAGCGGAGAGAGAUUCCGUCCUGGAACAGGCGGUGGGUGAGCUGAAUGAGAUGCCGCUGGGCGCGUUGGCAAAUUUGUCCAACAAGGACCGGAUCGAGGUUGUGAGGAAAUGGCUCGCCAAACACUCGCAGCCGAAGGCGACCAGGAAGAAGAAAGGUGGCGCCAGCGGGUCUACGCGAGGGUGCGACAUCUGGCUCAACGAGAAUAAAGACGACGUGCACGACAUGGCGUACAAUGAAGGCACAUCGAAACCGUUCCCCCAAUACACGAUGGCGCGAUGGGGAGCAUGGCGUGCUGUGCCUGAGGAGGAGAAAGCAGAGUAUGGUCGAAGGGCUUUGGCCCUGAGGAAGCUGGUAAAGCAGGAGGGUGUUAAGAUUAAACCGCCUCGUAAGCCGUUCAAAUUGAUCGGCCGGGCCAUUGACGGCAAAUUGGCGACUUUCACACGAAAGAUGUUGGUGGAAGAUGGCAUUUACAUGACGGUGUUGUGGGGAGCCCGCACUUCUGACAAGGGGGCCGUUAUUGGCAUCGCGGACCACAAUGAGGCGAACGGGGCGCCGUCUGGCUUUUCCGAUCGCACAAGGCGUUCCGACUGGGACUCGACCCGCCUGUGGUCCGACUGGGAUGAGUGGACGACGGCAGUGCUCGACGACAAGCCAUUGGCGACGUUGCCUGGUCUAAAGGCGAGCAAGGCGCAGCCGAAAUCUGCUUUUGGGGUUCUCCUGCCACUACAUGCCGACACUGGUCUCCCCAUUCCUCCGACCGUCGCAGAAAUACAGGCCAAUGCAUCGAAGACCGUGCAGUGGUGGCAGCAUCUUGUGCGGGAGUUCCUUACCGUGCAUUACGCCGCCGCCUCCAACGGAGCAAAAGAGGCGCUUCCCUGGGCAAAGCUGAAACGCCAUGGGUCGCCGACUUGCCUGGAUUCCAAGUUUUGGCUGAACGACGUUGAUUUUGAGGACCCUUCGAAGAUCAAGAAGGCGAACUGUGUUCGGCUUGUUCGCCUGUGGAGACAGUUGCAAGAUGACGAGGGGGAGGACGGGGCCUUCAGGUUCCAUAGCUAUGUUGACGAUGUUGAUGGGGACGCCCGUGUCGUAUCGGAGGAAUAUGACGCGCAUGUGGCGCGGUGGGUGGAGGAAGCCCCCAAUCGAGAGGCCGAGCAACAAAAGGAGGCCGCGCGGAGGCAAGAAGCGAGUGGCGAGGGCGACCCGCCCAGUGGCGAGCAAGGCGUCGGGCGGGGGCCAAAUGAGACGGCAGCCUCUAUGCGGAAGCGACGUCCGCCGGUGAAGGCACCAAAGCGUGGGGGCCAGCCGAUGUCCAAAAAGGCGAAGGGCAAGCGAAAGGCAGCCGAUUUUUCAGAGGAGUCCGACUCUGACACCGACGUGGAAGCCUGGCGCGCCGCUAUGGGCGAGGAAAGUUCCUCGCAUGGUAGUGAUGCGAUGGACCGGACGAGGACCUUAAAUUCUCCCCAAGAGGAAUCCGACGAGAGCGAAACCGAGAUUGAAGACGCCGAGCUGCUGCCGGCCUUCGCGGGCGCAAAGAGCGGCGCCUUUGGAGGGAAGGCCCCGCGCAGCAUCUCGAGCGGCCAGAAACGCGUAGUCUUUCUUGCAAGUCUUAGCUCGGACCGGAGGUAUACCGCUGCCGUCGCAGCUUACUUCAACGCGGCCCGCAGAUUGGGCGGGCGAGGAAAACGCGUCUCCGGCUACCUACCACCGCCUCUUCCUGAGGCGCCCUGGGCUUCGUGGGAUUGGGGCCAGUCGACUUUGCCCAGGGAGACCCAUGCUCGCGAUGACGGCCUGGCACCGCUUCUUCGAUGGCUUGAGAGGAAGCCUUGGAUGGCGGGGGACGUCGCAGUGUUGAUAAUCGUGGAGCAGGUGCUGCUGGCAGUUGGGAUGGCAUUGCGGGACAUACACUGUAGCCAUUUCGUUGACGACCCAGACGAACCACUGCCGGCCCACAUUCCGCCUUUCGUCGCCCAGAGCCACCUACAUUUCACCACGCAUGAAUCCAUGCUUGCACUUAUCUCUUCCAUUCCUGAUGCCUCAAUUAAGGACGUAGACCCGGGUUUGAGGCAACUCGAGCCCGCCGCGGCGAUAUCGGGACCGAUUUUCGGUCAGGAUCAGAGCAAGACGCGCGGAACGGACAAUCCGCCUUCACGAUUCAAUGCAGUGGGGCUCAGCGGCUGGUCCUUGGCCAGUGGCGAUAUUGAUAGUUCCCGUCUCGCCGUUGACGCUGCCGCUGCCGUCGUGCAUACGUCGCCUUCACCUCCCCUUAUGUUCGCUCCAUUGCCGCCACACCCAGAUGAUUGGCCCUCCGUUCCCAACGAAGCCGACUUCAGCGAACUUGCUCCGGAGCAGGACGCGGGUGCACCGAGCGCUUCGGCGGACUUGAGCGCACCGAGCAGUUCAACAGGCCUGAUUCAGCGCGAGCCAGAGAUCGCCGCUACGGGUUCCCCUUCGACGGGCAUCGCGAUUCCCGCAAGCAAGCAGUGCGAGCCCGGAGGCGGAGGUGAAGACCCAGCAGGGCCAGAGGGUGACACCGCGCACGUGCGGGGUGCGAAGAAGCCGAAAUCCAGCGCUCGCUCCGCGAAGAGGCCGACAGCCAGCGGCGAAUCAUCUGGACAACCGCGGAAGCCCCCGUCAAAGAAGCGAAGGGUUAAUGACGUUCCGGCAACGAUUCAGGAUGGCCGACGCUCGAGUCGCUUGAGGGAAGGUGGUGAAGAACUUCGCAACAAGCAGAGGGAGAAGACGCUACUGGCGGCCGGUCGGGGGCGGCGAUCUUAACAAGAUGGCAGAUGAGUCUUAGCACCGUGUUCUUGACAUGUUUGUUUGUUUGUGAUCCCUUUAUUGUCACUGAGGGCGAAGCCCUAUGUAGACAGUACGUGCUAAUUCUAAUCAAUCGAGUCUCGUGUC